UUGGGUGCUGGUUCUUGGUUCGCAAGGGCCUCACUCCCUGACGCGGCCAUCCUUUCGCGUGCCGUGCGCACAGUUGCACGCGUGGUGCUGCGCGUGAGGCUCAGCGGGCGCUCGUGAGAGCUGCACCGGAGUAAGAGCAAGGCUGGCCGCUCCGGGCUUCCAAUGUUCGCCCGGCCGCAUGCCCUUCCACUCCAUCGCCGUGGUCUCGGCAGUUGGUGCGUGGGAAGGCCAGGGUUGCCCAUUUCAAAUUGAACAGUUUUCCCACACUCACCUGCCCUGCUGGGGGCAGUUUUAUCCAACGGGAGAUAAACGUUGGAGCCUGGCAUUCUGUGCUCUUGACUGGCCUGGAGAUGACCACUGUGUUGGCUCAGGAGGGUGUGAAGACAGAGAAUGACCACAUCAACCUGAAAGUGGCGGGGCAGGAUGGCUCGGUGGUACAGUUCAAGAUCAAGAGGCACACCCCACUGAGCAAGCUGAUGAAGGCCUACUGUGAGAGGCAGGGCUUGUCAAUGAGGCAGAUUCGAUUCCGGUUUGAUGGACAACCAAUCAAUGAAACAGACACUCCAGCCCAGCUGGAGAUGGAGGAUGAGGACACCAUUGAUGUAUUCCAGCAGCAGACAGGAGGAUCAGCCUCCCGAGGGAGCGUCCCCACACCCAACCGUUGUCCUGACCUGUGCUAUUGAGCAGUGACCAUGCAGCCACACCCAAUCACACAAGAGUCAGCAGAAGCCAGAGUCACCGAAGGAUUCUCCUUUUCCGACGCGCUUGGAGUGAACUACACAUAGACCACACUGCGGGGCGAGAGCAUUACAUAACAUGGCCACUAGGAGGGUUUGGUUUGGGGGAAAUGAGGUGUGAGGCUUUGGGGUUUGUUUUUGUUUUCAUUUUUGUUCCCUCCCAUCCCUAACAUUUUUUUCCCCAAACUUGGGUCUGGAUGUAGAUUCUCACCCUAUGGCCUGAGUCCAAUCCCUAGAACUGUGGUUUCCUCCAGUGUGACUUGUCCUGAUCAGGUAGAGAGAGCUUGUGGUCAUAUUCCCCAAUGGGCAUGCCUGUGGGAUGUGGGGAGGGGCAGAGAGGCAGAAUUCCACCUGUUCGUUGUAGGCAUAGAAUAUUAAAAAAUGUGAGAUACUGUAAAUUUGAGCUUUGUCAAACAUAUGGUAAGUUAAAGGGGAAGACCAGUGCUUCUUAAGACAGUGAGGGGUCUUCCUCCUGUGGCCAGGCGCUCCUGCACGUGCCCACUUCCUGCUCGGUACUGGUACUGGGUACAUGGGUAAGGGUGGUACAGUGAAACCCACUCUCUCCCCUUUUUAUAAUGUAGAAGAAAGUAAUUGUCCUGUCUCAUUUGGGAAUUGAAUGUGGCCUCAGAUUUCUUCUAGUACUUGUUUUCGAUACAUAAUUAUGGUUUCUGUAUAAGAAGGUAUUGGUUAAGUAUCACGUUUUCAGCCAUGUUGUGUAAGAGACCUGCUUUCAAGUGUGGUUGUAAAAGCAAGCCCAGGAAAGGUGACCUCAUUCUCACGGACUGUGCUGUGCAGCUUUCCAAGUGUGUAUUAAAGUGACGCAUCAGUGGGUAGCUUGGGUUCCGCAUUGUGGGGUCAGUUCAAUGUCCAUAGUUCCUGCCUGCCAUCCUUCUGUGAGGGUCCAUUGCUGCUUGAUGGCCAUCUCUGCCUUUUAUAGUCACCUGACACUGACCUACAUCUCUCGCUUGCUUAAAGUCUUGAGGAAAAUGUUCCUGUUUGCUGCGUGGGCCUGGGUGGGAUGUCUGUUGGCUCUGUUGUGUUUACUCACCGGUUUGUACAUUAUCUGUUGUCCUUUACUACUGUAAACAGUAAAUAUAGUUUGGUAUUCUGUCUCUUGGCCUAUGUUAAACACUGUAUUUGGAGACGGGUCAUAUGUCACAGCCCACUGUUGACAGUCUGUCCAGUGAGGCCACUUAGAUGGACAGACAAGGCAGUUGCUUAGCUUGCUCUGUACCAUGUGCCCCACACUGGUCCAGCUGCCUGCCUGCUGGUCCUGACUUUGCACAUACCACUUGGCUCUCCUCCCCUAGGUGUGUGAAGAUAAGGUGGGCUUUAGAGGCAGGGUGUAGUGUGAAGUAUCAGUCAGUUCAUGACCUACUUACUAAUCUGCUUUGACAUGAAUUGAUGCUAAUUUGGCUGUGAGGGGUUUCAGUACUUAGGUUAGAUAAAACCCAGGGUUGUCAUUGCCUGAGCCAUGUUAGUCUAUCAGUCGAGCACAAGCUCCAAGCACCUAAUUCAUCCAGCAGGAAUGUGUGCAUUAAAAUAGAGGACAGAGCUCUAGCCAUUUUCUAGGUCUCUCAGAAGUAUUAGUUACUUUCUCAGUGCUGUCACAGAAUAUGUGGCAAGCAGCCUAGAGGAGCAGGAGUUUAUGUUGGCUUAUGGUUUGAGGGUGCUCCAUCAGGACAUGGGAGACAAAGGUAACUGGAGCAUUAGGCUGCUUGUUGAGGGGUUUGGGAAUCAGGAAGCAGUUAAUCCUGUCAGGAAAAGGCCCUUAGGGGAUACUCAAAGGUGAACUUUAUUAACACUCCAGGCAUUUAAUUGACUUAAGUUUCUUAUCGGCCUGACACCCAAGUACAUCAUUGUAGAACCAACUUGCCUUUUAAGAUCGUGUGUUGCAUAGUACAAAACACAUUUAGUCUGUCUCUGAGAGCUCACUCUAAAGUUCAAAGUCUGCUCUGAGACUCAAGAUAGGUUUUGAAUGGUGAGCCCCUGUAAAAUAAACAAGUUACUCUGACAUAC